AUGAGGGAGUACAAGUAUACUCAGGAAAUAUCUCAGAUGAUGUUUGUCUUUGGAGAAGUACAAGACCCCAACCAAGACACAGUCAAUCUCGUCGAAGAUAUAGUGCGAAGCCAGAUUAUCGAACUCAUUAUCCAAGCCCGAGCUUUAGCCACCAAACGCGGUGCAAAAUACCUGACCGCCGAAGACCUUAUCUUCCUCAUUCGCCACGACCGAGGAAAGGUCAACCGAUUACGAACGUACCUCUCCUGGAAAGACGUACGAAAACACGCAAAGGACUCGGGCGGCGAUGGGGGUGGGCCGGUCGAAGUUGAGAACCUCGAAGAUGGCGCAGACGACAAGUUAGCCGCCAAGGCACAAAAGAUCACAGUGAAGCUUCCCUGGGAAAUCACCGCCAUCUACUCCGAAGUGCUCAAACAAGCAGGUCAUCAAUCCGACGACGAAGAAGACGAAGACGACAUCGAAGCGCACGAAGCGUCGAUUCAACGAUUAAAAGAAGCAGACGACGCGACGAGGCAGAUGACGAGGGAGGAGUAUCAGCAUUAUUCCGAGUGUCGGCAGGCAUCGUUUACUUGGCGGAAAGCCAAGCGAUUCCGCGAAUUCCUCAACCUCCCCCCAGCCCUAGACCUCAAAAACGCAGACGACACAGUCGACAUCGUAGGCUUCCUCGCCUUCGAGAUGGUCCGAGCCCUAACAAUCGGCGGUCUCGAAGUAAAGAAAUCACUCGAAGAAGCUCAAGUCCUAGAAGACCACACCUCCCCAAUCCUCGGUAAACGUAAACCUGGCAUGCCCAUGGCGGCUCUCGAAUCCGGUGGGUCGAAACGAAGAAGAGUAGGGGGAGGAGCAGAAGAUGAGGAUGAUAAUAGGGAAGACGCACCUUUACCUGUUUCGUCGUUGUUUUUACCCCCUCCGGAGGCGAGGACGGCGUUGAUGUCUGAACAUAUUCAGGAUGCGUUUGCGAAGAUGCAGAAUGAUUGGGCGCAUCAUCGGUCGGCGGGGAUGAGGAAUUGGAGGGGAGGGCUUGUGCGGACUGGUGUUAGCCUUAUUUGA